AUGAUCGCAUUCCUUGGUGUUUGGUUAUGGUUGGCAACCCUCAGCUUGGGAGCAUUACAAGUUGACUUGGGUUAUGCAAUAUAUAAAGGUGUUGAAGACUCCGCAACAGGCUUGACCACUUUCAAGGGAAUUCGAUAUGCGGCCCCGCCAACCGGUUCACUCCGAUGGCAGGCGCCUCAAACUCCCGCUGUGAACAGAAGCAGUGUCAUAGCUGCAAGUGACUUUGGACCAAUAUGCCCACAGAGCAUGAAUAGCAGGGAGCCAUUUAUGUCAAACCCCGGCACUAUUGGAGACGAAGACUGCCUGUCCCUCAACGUGUUUGCACCAUCAACCGCCUCAAAUUUGCCAGUUCUGGUUUACAUCCAUGGUGGUGGGUACGGCGGCGGCAAUGGCCGACAAGACCUCACAUCUAUCAUAAACGCCAAUCAAAAUGCCUUUAUUGGUGUUACGAUACAAUAUAGGCUCGGUGCCUUUGGCUUUUUAUCUUCCAAUGAGGUAUUCAGCAAGGGAGUUGUCAAUGCAGGUAUCCUCGAUCAGAAUCUAGCCUUGAAAUGGGUACAAAAAUACAUUCGUCACUUUGGUGGAGAUGCAAGCCGCGUUACCCUUUCUGGGGAGUCAGCAGGAGGUGGUUCCGUGAUGCUCCACAACAUUGCGUAUGGUGGCACCCUCGGCAACUCACUCUUUUCGAACUCGAUUACGGCCUCUCCAUAUUUGCCUAUGCAACAUAAGUACUCGGAUCCCGUGCCAACGAAAUACUACAACGCUUUUGCAACUGCGGCUGGCUGCCCUAUUGGGCCCACGAAAGGUUCUGCGCAAACCACUUUUUCCUGUUUAGUGGCAAAAGACACCAUUACACUACAACAAGCCUCUUUCAAUGUAUCUGCUUCUGGUGUUUACGGAAGCUGGGCAUUUUUGCCUGUGACAGACGGAACUUUUAUUCAGCAACGACCAAGUCAACAGUUACUGCAGAAAAGAGUCAAUGGCAUGAUACACAUGGCGGGGAAUAAUGCGAAUGAAGGAGACACUUUCGUGAACCCGGCUAUAGUUACACAAAGCGAUUUAGUUGCGUGGGUGAGCGAGGUAUUUCCACAGCUCACAAGUCGUGACAAAUCAACACUGCUGAAGUUAUAUCCCGCCACUAUUGCUCCACGAACAAAUGCCGUUAAUAUGUAUUCUGAGACUACAUUCACCUGCCCAAGCUAUUGGUUGGCGGAAGCGUAUUCGGCGAAAGGCUCCCUGAAAUCCUACAAAUACCAAUAUUCGGUACCAUAUGCCCUUCACUCGACUGACAUGGGUGCUUACUUUGGACCACCAACCAUAAACCAAGGACCCGACUUUGUGAAAGCCUUCCAAGCCAUCUGGGGUAAUUUUGUCACCGCUAGCAACCCGUCGAUAAGUGCCGCCAUCGCGAAUGGCAGGUCUCCGCCAUCUCCCAACGCCGGGAACCCAGCAGCUAAUUGGCCGACAUAUUCCUGCUCCUCUCCUAAUAUGAUCAAUCUCAACCAGACUGGUGGCAUUGAGGUCAAUGUAACAUUGCCAUUGCCACCUCAAUCUGUUGAAGUUUUGCUGUAUAUUGAUCCCGGUUUGGAAAAUGACAUCUCAAUGGUUAAUGCUUAUACUUUUGAUCGCGGCAGAGGUGCCAGAUGUGACUUUUGGAGAAGUAUAUCAUCUCGCGUUCCGGAGUAG